GUAAGUAUAGAUAUUUAUUUACAUUCACAAGCAAUAAAAUCAUAAUAAAUAGUAAAAAGAAAAUUUAUCUGAAAGUUUUAUUAAUAAAAAUUAACUAAAAAUGUUGGAAGUACAAUUAGAAAGUGGAAAUUAUUUAUUAACAAUUAUGAACUAUGAUAAAGAUAUUUCUAUAAGCAAAAUAUGGAGUGAUAUUGAAGAUAAAGGUAUAUCACAGAAAGAUUUUUAUAUUUUGAGCAAUGGACGUAUUAUCUAUGACGACAACACAAUUAUCUCUGGAAAUGUAAAAAUAAUUCCACGACUUCUUGGCGGUAAGGGAGGAUUUGGUUCUAUGCUGAGAGCAAUUGGUGCUCAAAUUGAGAAAACAACAAAUCGCGAAGCAUGCAGAGACUUGAGUGGUCGUAGACUGCGAGAUAUAAAUGAAGAAAAGCGUCUAAAAACAUGGAUUGAAAAACAGGCAUUGAGAGAAGAAGAAGCUGCUGAACGCAAGAAAAAGAAACUGCAACGACUCUGUGCUGAGCCUAAGCACGAGUUCAAGGAUAAACAUUAUGAAUACGAAAGGUCAGUGCUCGGCGAAAAAAUUGAUGACGCUGUCGAACAAGGUUUCAAAAUCGCUGUUGUAAACAAUUUGGAGUUAGAAGAAAAAAAAGUCAAAGUUGCUAAAGGUGUCAAGAGGAAAACUAUUCUUGAUGACGAUGAUAGUGAUGAUUCCGACGGAUCGGACAGUUCUGAUAACGAUGCUAAUGUCAAUCCGAAAAAAAAGUUGGCGUGUGAAAGUAAUGAAUCUUCUGCGGAUAAUCAGCAGUCUAGUUCUUCAGAUGAAUCUAAUGAUAACAAUGAUAAAAAAGCAACAGAAGAAAGCAACGAUUCAUCUUCAGACACUGAUAUCGCGAAACACCCCAGUUGGAUGCUUUUGGACCAUGAAAAAUGUGGAAUAUCGAAUACCGAUCGGAUAAUUGGUGGAAAAAAUGCUUCAUUGGGAAUGUACCCAUGGAUUGCAAGAAUUGGAUACAGUAAUGAUUUAACUGGGUCUGAAAUUUCAUAUCGAUGCGGCGGUACUUUAAUUAAUAAACUCUAUGUUGUAACUGCGGCACAUUGUGUCUCUAAUUUACCUGGCAGCUUCAGAGUAACGGGAGUAAGAUUAGGUGAACAUAAUUCGGAGACUAAUCCAGAUUGUGAAAAUGGUUACUGUUCGGAACCUGUUCAAAACUUUAAACCUAUUCAAAUGCUAGUUCAUAAGCGAUACAAUAUACCGCAUUUUAAAAAUGAUAUUGCUUUAAUCAGAUUAGACCGACCUGUAGAUUAUAAUGGAUUUGUGAUGCCUAUAUGUAUGCCCGUUGGAGAAUUAUUAGAAAAAAAUCUGACAGGAGGAAUAGCUGAAACUGCGGGAUGGGGAAUUUUCGACAUCGACCAUCCAAAAUCGAGUGUGAUUCUACAGACAAUAAAAUUACCGAUUUUGGAGACGUACGAGUGUGUAAAUGCCUUCAAAAAUCAAGCUCAAGUUGACGAAUUGCAAUUGUGUGUUGGUGGUAAAGUUGGCCAGGACUCCUGUACUGGUGACAGCGGCGGUCCACUAAUGAAAGUCGAAGCUCUAAAUGAUAUUCCCAAAUAUUAUUUAAUUGGUAUUGUGUCCUUUGGAGCUAAACAUUGUGGACAAUCUCCGAUGCCUGCUGUGUACACUAGACUUACACGCUACUUAAUUUGGAUUUUAGAAAAUAUCUCACCUUAAUAAAAGUUAUACUUAGAUAAAAAUUUAUUCAAUUUAUAAUUUCUUUAGUUUAUAAUUAAAUUUAAAAUAAUUUGCAGUCUACUCAGAAAUACAAUUUGAUAAACUUAUAU